AUGAUGUGGUCAGAUGAGACCAAAAUCCUGAUCUUUGGCAUCAACUCGACCAUCAUGUUUGGAGGAAGAGAAAUGCUUACCAUAACCCCCAGAACACCAUCCUCCACCGUCAAGGAGGACAGGAACGACUUCCCUGCAUCGAGGAGAGCGAUGGACGAGGGCCAUGCGUACUUGUGGGUGUGGCUGUGGGGGUUCGUCUCCAUCACCAUCAUCAGCCUGCUGUCUCUGCUGGGCGUGGUGCUUGUUCCCAUCCUCAAACAGUCCUGCUUCAAGUUCCUGCUCACCUUCCUGGUGGCGCUCGCCGUGGGAACACUGAGUGGAGACGCUCUGCUCCACCUGCUGCCUCACUCUCCGGGGGCAGCAACGACCACGGCGAGCCCAAGUCGACCGACGGAGAGAGAUUAUCUGAAUUGA